UUUCUUGCAUGUAAUGACCUGUGAAAGGAGACAAAGAAAGAAAGACCAUCGUAAUGGAUAAAGCCCCGAAAUGAGUGGCGGGUAGUGCUUAACUGUCGGAGAAAACAUAUGACUGCCAUUAACGACCUAAAACGCACAAGACAAUGAUGAUCCAGUCUUCUACUUUCUCAACUGUUGCUCUUCCGUUCAAACCCAGAAUAUUUUCCUGCUGUCUGCACAAGAGUGCUUCUCCAACUCCAUCCCCAUCGUCUUCGGGACCGGCAGAAAGCUCGGGUUUUGAAUUGGGAAAAGCUUUCAUUAACACAGGUCUCUGCUGCUGCUGUGGACGAAGGCACUUCAUUGAAUCAGCGGCUGCUGCUUCUGCUGCUGCUCUGUGCCCCGUUCACUCUUCAAAUGCUGCUUCUGACUUAUCUUCUGAUUAUAAGGCAAUUCUGAACAGGGUUCACCCCCCGAGACCAAACUGGUACGAGGAAUUCUAUGCUCAAGUUAUGGACAUGACGAUGCAAUCAUAUGAGGCAGAGAUUGCAGGAUACAAGUCGCAGCUCUUCGAUGAGUUGAAAGGGGAAGCUAAGGAAGUGGUGGAGAUCGGUGUUGGAACGGGCCCUAACUUCAGAUAUUAUGUAGGCAAUAACAGUGUACGAGUCAUUGGUGUGGACCCGAAUAGGGCGAUGGAAAAAUAUGCACAGGCAGCAGCAGAGGGAGCAGGUCUACUGCCCGAGAAAUUCCAAUUUUUGCAGGCGGUUGGGGAGGCAAUACCAGUAAGGGAUGCUUCCGUGGAUGCAGUUAUUGGAACUCUUGUCUUGUGCUCCGUAGGCGACGUCGAUCAGACACUGAAAGAGAUAUAUAAUUUGCCAACCGUUGCCAUUUCAAAUGAAUGCCUACUUCCGGCACGAGCCCUUAACUUUCUAUACAAGGCACCAGAUAGAGGUGAAGAGGGUGCUCAAACCGGGCGGUCUUUACCUAUUCGUGGAGCAUGUUGCUGCAGAAGGUCAGAGGGAACAUUUCUCAGGCUGCUGCAGAAUGUUCUUGAUCCCCUGCAGCAGGCAGUCUCCGAUGGGUGCCACCUCACCCGUUUCACGGGAAAGAACAUAUCCCAUGCUGGAUUCUCAGAUCUCCGACUUAGCACGGCUUUCUUAACCAAUGCCCCGCUUAUAAACUCACAUGUCUAUGGUAUAGCCAGCAAGUGAACAUUUUGCAUAUUCAGAGUAAUGCAAUGCCGUGUUAUUGAUCAGUUGAUAGACUCAUUUAUACAGACAAAUAAGCACUUUUUUCACGAUUAGAUGUUGUCCCUUCAGUAGCGCACGCCUUCACUUAGUAGUCAAGAAAUUUCAGGUUCGAUACUCGUUGAGGACAACCCGUGCCUCGUUAUCAGCAUUAGGAUUUCUAUCUUAUUAUACUAGACUCAUGGAUCUCUCUGUGUAACCGAAAAAAAUGACUUUGAAAGGAAUCACAAUAUUUCACCAUCUUAUGAUCAA